UUCUCCUUUAAAUUGUUUAUUUUCCAUAAUUUGUAACCAAUUUAAGAAGAUUUUUAAUUGCCAGUUUAAUUACUAGUGUUGAUUUGUUUCUCUUCUGGUUGAACAUCAAGAUCUAUCUUUGUGUAAACAAUCACUUCUCUUUUCUUUCUGAGCUUUUUUUCUCUAUUAUUUUUUUUCUCUAUUCUCAUUUACUCAUAUACUUUUUUUGUUCGUUUUUUUUUCAUGGUGUUUUGUGUUUAAAUCUUUUCUUUUCUCUGAGUUGAGAGCUAUUAUUUACCUCCACCGUCAUCACCAGCCGCCUCUCUCUCUUUACUUUGCACCAUAAUCUUUAUAUCUGAGGCCUAAAUAAGAGAAAAUUAAACCUGAUGCCAAUAAGCAAGGACAUAAGUGCUUUAGAGUUGAAAGAACAGGGCAAUAAAUUGUUCAGUCAUCAAAAGUACCAAGAAGCCCUUGAUUAUUAUUCCCGUGCCAUCUCAUGUGAUCCAGCAGAUUCCAAGUAUUUCACCAAUCGUGCCCUGUGUUACCUUAAACUCCAACAAUGGGAAUUAUCUUUAAAAGAUGCUCGUAGAGCCUUAGACAUGGACCCGAAUUCAAUAAAGGGUCACUUUUUCCUUGGUUCAGCUUUACUCGAAGUUGAAGCUUAUGAUGACGCCAUUAAACAUUUACAACGAGCCUCUGAUUUGGCUAGAGAGCAGAAGAAAAAUUUUGGUGAUGAAAUCGCUUCACAGUUAAGGUUGGCUCGAAAACGGCGAUGGAAUCAAUUGGAAGAAAAGAGAAUCAAGGAAGAAAUUGAACUACAAACCUAUCUAAAUGAUCUCAUUAAAAAGGACAAAGAAAGACAAUUAGAAGAGGCUCGAACAACAACCAAAGAUGAUGAAAAAUUGGCUUUAAUUGAGAAUCAAGUUGAAGCCAAAAGUCACCAACAUGUAUCAGAAUUGAAUGCGCUUUUCAGCCAACUUGAUACUAGAAGGCGAAAGCGAGAUAUUCCUGAUUAUCUUUGUGGUAAAAUUAGCUUCGAGGUGAUGAUGGAUCCAGUUAUCACUCCCAGUGGGAUAACCUAUGAUCGUAAGGUAAUUGAAGAGCAUCUUCAACGUGUUGGACACUUUGAUCCGAUCACUCGAACCCCGUUAACCGCUGAACAGCUUAUACCCAAUUUGGCCAUGAAAGAAGUGAUCGAUACUUUUCUCGCUGAAAAUGAUUGGGUAACCGAGUGUUAAACUAAUCAAAUUAAAAACCAAACUGUGUUACAAUUAAAGUGUAACCGUGAAAAUUAAAUCACAACACACAAAGACAAACAUAUAUUACUACCAAACAAUUUAUCGCCUUUUCCUUCAACAUUUACUGUGACAUUGAGAAAACCAAAACAAACGCUUCUGUAAAGAAAACUUUCCUUUCUAUUAUCAUAAUUAACUAAUUUGUUCCCUUAAUUUUUUUCACCCUUAUUAUAUACUUUUCAUCAUCAAUCAAAUAUCACUGUAAUUGACUGAUUUUUUUUUCUUCUCUUUGUUUCAAUUUUUUUUUCUAAAAAAAUUCAUCUACCCUUUGAAUGUAAUAAUGUAAUAAUAUUAAAAUAUAAUUCUGCUUUUUAA